CUUGCGCCAACUCGAGUAACUUGUAAAGAAACAGCUCCCAUUUACUGAGCGUAUUAGCUCCAUUGCUGUUCAAGAUGCCCGCAUACAACUCCGUCUUCAACUCCGACCCCAACGUCCCCCGCCUAAUCGGCAACUUCCCCCUCCUUCCGCUCCGCACCAAGACCCGCGGUCCUGCCUACACCCUCCCGAUUCUCUCGCCGCCUCUCCCGGCCAACGAGUCGCCCGACCCGGACAGCGAGAGCUACGAUAUCCUCGACGAGGUCAUCGCCCUCUUCCGAGCAAACACCUUUUUCCGUAACUUUGAGAUCCAGGGUCCUGCCGACCGCCUGCUCGUCUAUGGCAUCUGGUUCAUUAGCGACUGCCUGACCAAGAUCCGACCUCAGGCGUCUCUGCGUGAUGCCCAGAAGGAUGUUAUGAACUUGGCUCUUGACCUUAACUUUGCCAUUCCCGGUGACCCCGGAUGGCCCCUUAACCAGAUGUACGAGCCGCCUCGGGAUAGGCAAGAGGCCGAGCAGCUGAAGCAGUACCUGUCGCAGGUUCGACAGGAGCUUGCGGUCCGGUUACUCGCCAGGGUAUACGAUGAGGACGAGACCAAGCCCAGCAAGUGGUGGCUGAGCUUCACCAAGAGAAAGUUCAUGGGCAAGUCUCUGUAGAGGAUGCAGGAGGGCGUAGGGGUUGAAUAUUAGAAGGGUGCAAUUGCGCACACAAGUUGAAGAGCUGGCACCUUGCAAAAGAUAUCUUUUCCCAUGUGAGCCAAUCGUUUAUUUCGCUUUCUGCUUUGCAUACCUAGAUGGGAAGUUUCUCUGAAUGGGGCUAAUGCACGUCUUGAUUCUA